CAGCAAUCUCCCCCUCGUAUCCAAGCCUCCAAGAACCAUCCUCAACACUCCAGUCUACAGCACCCCCGAACAAACGAGAACGAAAUGACCUUCAGAAUAGCAGAAAAAACUUCAACGAAAAUCAAAUCUGAAUCCUCAAUGGCAGACGACAAACUUCAUGGUCCCGCAACCGCAAACUCCUGGGACAUGGGAAUGACUAACAAGACGAGUGAAACCGACAAACUGCGCCAGAAGGUGGAUCAGAUGAGAGAGAAGCUUGAAAAGUUGCUCAAGCAGAAUGAGGCCUAUCACGCGACAAGUGAGUUGGGUGAAACUGGUCAGGACGAUACCUAUCAGGAAGGAAGUGGCUGGCCAGCGGACCCGAAUGAUGAAGACUUGCGGCAUGCUGAAGGGAUCGAUGGUUGUCAGAAUGGCAACUAUGAGCAUUUGUGGACCGGCGAGGAUGAAAUGCCGGAGCUGGAGAAUACGGACGGUGAUUCAGGUGUCGGGCACGAGUGGGCAGCUGAAGAGGAUUCGUGGGAGACGGGGCGUUUGCAUGACGAGUCAGGUCUCGGAGACGAAGUUGCGUUGACUGAAUACGAAGUCGAUAAACUACGCUACAAGGUGAAGUCACUCCAGGUGAAGCUAGCCUUGAAAGUCAAGGAGCUUGAAGGGGAAAGGGACAAUUCAAACCCAUCAAGGAAUUAUUUCCUCUCAAGAUACAAGUGGCAGAAGCUUGAUCGUGGCCUGAUAGAUGAAUGGGAACACCUUGCUCACACGAACAUCGAAGUCCCGAGUGGGGACGUCUUGGCUGACAGCGAGCUGUAUAUCUCAGGGGAUCGGAAGGACUAUGAUGUCUUCGUGGAUCUGUAUGGAAUAGAUCCGCAUGCUGCUCCUUCGGUGUUAAAGGACAAACUUACGAUCGAGCUGGUGAAUGCGCAUGCUACUACCCUGGUAUCAAAACACAGGACCUGUACACCGAAGUUUGGGGAGCUUUUCGCACGCUUCAUUAAAAAUCUCCAGCGCACCGGCUAUCCGAGAGGCUAUCUUUUUGGGUUCACAGAGGACGUGGAUAUCUUGGAACUUAGGGCGAGUUACUCAGAUUUCAGAUGCGCUCUCAUUACUGAGGUCUGUGAACAACCUGCGUGGUAA